AUGGUACUGGAUACCAUGUCCGGCAGCGAGAUUUUUAGCGCCAUAGACCUGACAGACGGGUUUUGCCAAAUUUUAAUGAGGGACAGUGAUAUCCCGUUCACCGCUGUCAGCACACCGAGUGGGAUGCUUUGGGAGUGGCUAGUCAUGCCACAAGGCCUUAAGAACGCUCCAGCAACGUUCAACCGGAUGGUGACACAAGUGCUUCGGCCACUACGUGAUUUCGCUCCAAGUUAUUUCGACGAUAUUUUUGUUCACAGCCGCGCUGAGCAACAACUCAGCGCUACGGAGGUCCACCUUCGGCAUUUGAAACAGGUGUUCCAAGUGAUGCGCGAGAACAAACUGUACGCAAAUUUGAAGAAGUGUGUCUUCUGCGCUCCCGAGAUUCCAGUUCUUGGAUGCUAUGUUAGCAAGGAAGGUGUCCAUGCUGAACCCGAGAAAGUGUCAUCGAUAUGUUCAUGGCCUACGCCCAGGAACCAAACGGAACUACGCCAAUGGCUUGGCUUGGCCAAUUACUUGCAUAAGUAUACGAAGAACUAUGCAGAACUAAUCCAGCCACUAUCGACUCUACUGAAGAAAGACGCAGUUUGGUCAUGGAAAGCUGAACAUCACUCUGCCUUCAACUCUGUGAAAAAGAGCUUGUCUGAAGCACCAGUGCUGAUGUUGCCUGAUGAUUCCAAGUCAUUUCACGUCGUCUGUGAUGCGAGUAAUUUCGCUAUUGGAUGUGCCCUCAUGCAGUUUGACGAUGAGGGCCGAGAGCGCGUCGUGAGCUUUCAGUCACGACAGAUGAAACCUCCGCAGAGCGGAACUAUCCGGUACAUGACAAGGAACUUUUGGCUAUGCGUUACGCGCUGA